AUGACGGAUUUGCUCCGUGUGACGGUGGAGUGCUGGGAGAAUCAGCGGUAUCACCCAAUGAAGGGAUGGGGCUUUCAUCGCCUGCCAAUGGACCGCAGCACGUGGUCGAACAAAAAGGGGGACACGGUGCUUUGUCGCGACAGUUUUCUCACCCCGAUUGGGUGGGUGUGGUUAUCCGAGUGGGAGGUGGCACCGAACGGGAACGAGCGCGAUGGCUGGUUUUAUGCCGCAGAUUUUAGCAUCUCGACACGCUUCUGCAGUGCUACACCGAGCGCAAUGAGCUACGUGCGGCGACGGCGUUGGGUUCGUACGCGGGUGCAGCUCACAGCGGACCUGGGCGUUGAUUCUGUGCUGUUGAAUGCUUUGAGCCUUUCUUCUUACUUUCGGGCAGACCCACGCAUUGUGUGGCUCAGCACCUCCUUCUACGGCUUCUUUGGCGCCUCCGUGAAGGAGCAGCGGGAGAAUCAAGACCGCCAGCAUGUAAGUUGCUAUCAUUUACAACAAUUUAUUGACGCAUCUAGUCAUGCAGAAAGUGCAAAUGAUGGGGACGCGUGCGUCGUGGGAAACGGAUGUGGCGUCUCUUCUUACACUCGACACCCCUCAAUCACAAAAGCCAUGCUGCGUUGUGUCUAUCGCUACGGCCUACCGCAAUGUCUUCGCUCCUCAUUAUGGCUGAAGUGGUCGGGGGGCUCAAAUCUGCUACGUGAAUCGCCGCGUUUGUACGAUGAGUUAAUUGAACGGGUUGAUCGUGUGGAAAGACAACCGCUGCAGGAUAUUUUGCAGGACGUCAUGCGAACCUCUCCGCGGCACCCAUUUUUUGCGAAAAAGGGAGGCGGCGCGGAGGAGCUUCGCAAUGUGCUGCUUGCAUUAGAGCUGGCUUGCGCGCUACCAUCGUACCAUCAAGCGUUUAGUUAUAUUGUGGCAACGGUUCUCUUGAACCUGCCAGCGCGGGAGGCGUUUUGGGUGGUUACGGCUCUUUUCACUGCUUUUUUGCCCCCCGGCUACCAUGAGAAGUACACCUUGCAGUACGACCUGCAGCUCUACGACAAGAUUCUGGCGCAGCGGUUCCCAGACCUCCACGCCCACUUUGUAUCGAAGCGGAUUGAUGUUUCAGUGUUUGCAAGCGGCUGGCUGCAGGGUGUAUUCUGCGCCCACUUUCCGUUCUGCACGGCUGCUCGCGUUCUCGAUGUUAUUUUCGCCGAGGGCAACAGCAGCACGCUGGUGCGGUUUCUUGUUGCCUUUACCGGCAAGUUUCGCUCCGAGCUUUUGCGGAUGGACAGCAGCGGUUCAGUGGGCUACUUUGCUAACGAAUGGGCCCGCAACUGCUUUAGCGUUGAAGAUCUCGUGCAUGCGAUGGAGAAGGAUGGCCUAACCCCGUUUGUGCUCUCGCAUAGGGAAGCCACGGGUCGUGCCGCUGCUGCGGCGGCGGCGUAG